AAACAAAGCGGAAAGCUGAGGGAACUUAUGAAUGUCAAACUGUAGCAUGGUGGGCUGUGUGUGUCGGUAACCUCUCGGUAAAAAUGUUCGGCUACUGUUUGUCUCGGGCAGCGUCUUUAACGAAAUGCAUCACAAACGGCGGCGCGGCGUUGCUGUGCAGGACGAACGCGGUAAACCGGACGCAGACGUGUGGCUACGCCCGGAAAGGCGUGGUCAAAACCAAAGGUAAGGGCGCGGUGAAGGAGGAGCAGAAAGGUCCAGAGGUGUGCACAGACCCGGUCAGACUGACGUCUCACGCAGUCGGAGUGAACAUCUUCAAACAGGGGGACGACCCCAAACUGAAGCCUCAUGAGGAGUAUCCUGAGUGGUUGUUCCAGUUGAACCUGGGAAAUGCCCAAAAGCUGUCCGAGCUGGAAUCGGACACCUGGCAGUACUGGAGACGCCUGAGGAAGGAGAACAUUUGGCGUACCAACAAACUGCAGAAAUGGAAGAAGAUUUAGGCCUUCGCCGGACUGACGGAGGGCUUCUUCCAGCAUCGUGAUUUAAACUCUGGACUGAAUCCCAAUGACUCCGACGUGAUGCACGUUCAGGGCCGAUGUCAUCUUCCUGAAUAACUGACUUUCAGAUGGACUCCUUCUCUCCUGCCGUUCAUCUACUGGAUUGUCUGAAGUCAUGCAGCAUUGGCUUUAGGCUUUCAGCAUGAUCGAGAACUCCAGGAAGCUCAGCAGUGGUCACACUGAAUACAAGGGGGGAGAUAAUCGUCUGUUUUAAACAUGAAGUGGUAAUAAAAGGAGUUCAAAAUACACAGAUGUCCAGUGCACCACCAGAGUAGGAAUGUUCUUAAGCAUCAUGACUUAUUUCAAGUUCGUUUUCAGCCUCGGAAACCUGAUUUGACAAAUUCAAAGUCUAUUUAUUGGCUUUCUGGAGCUUUUAGACAUAUAAUACAAUCAUCUUCAGCAAAUCCGGUUUAUCCAGUUUUACAAAAUGUGGUUCAGCUUUCAAAGAUUGUUUGAUAUAAAGAGAAGCUCCAGAGAAGCUUCAUGGUGGAAAAAAGGUAGAAAAGUGUCAUGUUGGAUUAAAAAACACUGAACAUGGA